CCUCUUCUUCUUUAAAUACGGCGUCUCCAUUUCCAUUUUAUGGAGAAAUCAGAGCUUUCUGUGAUUUUUGUUCAUUUCUUCUUCUUCGUCUUCGUUGCGAUUUCUUGUUCAGUUUUUUAGGUUUUCGCCAUUGAUGGGAACUGAAGCUCCGCCAAGAACAUGGAAUGCUGAUGGCAACGACAAUGGAGUCGAAAAGACGAAGGAACAAAAGAAAAUAGAUGAGUGGCUUCCAAUUACUUCGUCAAGGAAUGCAAAAUGGUGGUAUUCUACCUUCCACAAUGUCACCGCCAUGGUUGGUGCUGGUGUCCUUAGCCUUCCAUAUGCCAUGUCAAACCUUGGAUGGGGUCCUGGUGUGGCUGUGUUGGUAUUGUCAUGGAUCGUCACUUUAUACACAUUAUGGCAAAUGGUGGAGAUGCAUGAAAUGGUUCCCGGGAAGAGAUUUGAUAGGUACCAUGAGCUUGGUCAACAUGCAUUUGGUGAGAAAUUAGGCCUUUACAUAGUGGUGCCUCAGCAAUUGAUUGUUGAAGUUGGUACCAACAUAGUUUAUAUGGUCACCGGCGGUCAUUCACUAAAAAAGUUCCACGACAUCGUAUGCCCGAGCUGCAAGAAUAUCAAAUUAACUUACUUUAUCAUGAUCUUCGCCUCGAUUCAUUUCGUAAUCUCCCACCUCCCCAACUUCAACUCCAUCUCUGGCGUCUCGUUGGCUGCAGCUGUUAUGUCCUUGACAUAUUCAACGAUUGCUUGGACAACUUCUGUUGCUAAGGGUGUUCAACCAGAUGUGCAGUAUGGAUACAAAGCUACCACUACAUCAGGGACAGUUUUUAACUUUUUGAAUGCUCUUGGAGAUGUGGCUUUUGCAUAUGCAGGCCACAACGUCGUGCUGGAAAUCCAAGCAACAAUCCCGUCUACACCGGAGAAGCCCUCGAAAAAAGCCAUGUGGAAAGGAGUCGUCGUCGCGUAUAUAAUCGUCGCUCUAUGCUACUUCCCUGUUGCUUUGAUCGGAUACUGGACGUUUGGAAAUACUGUCAAAGACAACAUUCUGCUAUCACUAGAGAAACCUGCAUGGCUUAUUGCCAUGGCUAACAUGUUUGUUGUCAUCCAUGUUAUAGGAAGUUACCAGAUAUAUGCAAUGCCAGUGUUCGACAUGAUAGAAACUUUAUUGGUGAAGAAACUACAUUUCACGCCUAGUUUUAUGCUUCGAUUCGUUGCUCGUAACGUUUAUGUCGGACUUACCAUGUUCAUAGGAAUUACCUUCCCUUUCUUCGGUGGGCUACUCGGAUUCUUCGGAGGAUUCGCCUUUGCCCCUACAACAUUUUUUCUUCCCUGUGUCAUAUGGCUCGUCAUAUACAAACCCAAAAAGUUUGGCUUAUCUUGGUGGACUAACUGGAUAUGCAUCGUACUCGGAGUGCUUCUUACAGUAAUAUCACCCAUUGGAGGACUAAGGAAUAUCAUACUUCAAGCCAAGAACUACCAUUUCUACUCAUAAAUUACCCAUCAACUGAUACAGAAUGAAGCAGAUGAUAAUAGUGUCUAGAAGUAUGUUUGUAGAGUGAUAAAGUGUCACUUUUAGCUGAAGAUUAGAGAGAAUCUUAGCAUUCAAACUAUCUUGGCGAGGGAUUUACACUGUCAAUUCUUUGACUCUUCAUACACAAUCACAAUAUAAAAGCUUUGCUUCUAUUUACUUGCAUUCA